AUGUUAGGAGCAUCAAAUACACUGAGUCAUCGUCGUUAUAAUCCACUUCUCGAUCAAUGGAUAAUCAUUGCAGAGAAUCGAAUUAAACGUCCUUGGCAAGGUGCUACAGAAGCAGUUAAUGCGAGUGUUAGUCGAGAAGGACCUAGUCAUCAGAAAAAUGCCCUAGCUCCAGGAGGUCUUAGAGCUAGUGGAGAAAUAACUCCUGAUUAUCAGGCAACAUUUAUAUUUCCUAAUGAUUUUCCUUCAUUAACAGAUGAUGGGGGAAAAGUAUCGCAACCAAUAGAAUUGAACGAGACUGGUUUGUUUAAACGACAAACUGUACGAGGGAUUUGCAGAGUAAUUUGUUACCAUCCGGAUAGCAACCUUCAAAUGUCACAAAUGUCACUUAUGCAAAUUGAAGAUGUAAUUGAUGCAUGGAUUGAUCAAAUUAAUGAAUUACAACACAAAUAUGUUUGGAUUCAGAUAUUCGAAAACAAAGGUGCUAUGGUCGGUUGUUCUAAUGUUCAUCCACAUGGGCAGUUAUGGGCUAGUGACUUUCUACCUACUCUGCCUGCUAAGUGCUACGCUACGCAGAAAGCUUAUUAUGAAAGAACGGGUCGAAUAAUGUUGAUGGAUGUGUUACAAUAUGAAAUGGAAUGUGGUGAAAGAAUUGUAACUUCUAAUGAUAGUUGGGUGGUAAUUGUUCCAUACUGGGCUUGUUGGCCUUUUGAAACAAUGAUUCUGCCUAAAAAGCAUGUAAUGAGCUUGAAUGAAAUUACUAAGGACGAGAAAAAAUUGCUAGCACAAAUUAUUCAAAUACUUCUUGUGAAAUAUGAUAACUUAUUCAAGUGCCCGUUUCCAUUUAGUAUGGGAUGGGAAGGUGCUCCAACGGGGCGUUACUUAAAUGAAAAUCGUAAGUUUUGGACGCUGCAUGCUGUAUACUUUCCACCACUGCUUCGCUCGGCAACGGUAAAAAAAUUUAUGGCUGGCUAUGAACUUAUCAGUGAACCUCAACGAGAUAUUACACCUGAAAAAGUACAUUUAAUCAAUGUUAAACAUAUCCGUCUUCUUAAUUGUGCAUGCUAA